AUGGCAAGCACCUACAACUACUUGAAGGAUGUGGAUGCAUCUGAUGACAAUUUGAUCUAUAGGAUCAAGCUGAGGGUAUUGAAAAUCUGGUCACUGUCCCCUGCCCAGCAGAAAUACGUAAGACCAACUUUGGAGUUUGUGGCAAUGGACCAGCUGGGAGAUCGCAUCCAAUGUUCCAUUAGGAAUCCACAGCGGAGGCUGUUUGAGGAUGAGUUGCUGGAGGGAAAAAUAUAUACCAUCAGCAACUUUUCAGUUGCCGUUAAUGAUAAAAAAUACAAGGCCACUAAUCAUGCUAGCAGGAUUUACUUUAAGAGGGAUACUCAACUUCGACUGGUUGAUGAUCCAUCCUUUCCUGAGAAUGUCUUCCGAUUUGUUCCCAACGAAGUCAUACUCAAUCACACCAACGCUCAGUCGCAUCUUAUAGAUGUCAUUGGUCUUCUGAUGGCCAAGGGUGACAUAAUUGAAUUUACUAAAAAUGGAAAGAAGAGCAACUACAUCGUUCUGGAGCUUGACGACAUGCAGGGAAAAGGAAAAAUUCGCUGUACGCUUUGGGAGGAGUUCGCAAGUAAGUUGGUAAAACAUAUUCAAGAGCAGCCGACGUCUGAGUAUAUCCUAAUUGUACAAUUCGCAAAGUUCAAUCUAUUUAAAGGUUCAAUGGGGAUAUCAAAUACCAGCUAUAAUUCAAAUCUUUACAUCAAUGCGGACUUUCAGGCGGUAAAGGAUUUUCGUAAAAGUGUCAUCAUGUCCGGUGUUCCACCGCCAAAUCAACUCUCCCAGAUAGCGACUGAACCUGUAUACUCCAUUGAGGAAGAUCUCAUUGACAAGUCAAUAUAUAAAUCCAUUUCUGAGCUCAAGGAAUGCAUUGAGAAUGGGAGCUUUGUUACAAUUGGAACUGUUGUUGCAAUCGAUCCUAAGAACGGUUGGUGGUACAAAAGUUGCAAACAUUGUUUCCAUUCUCUGAAGGAGGCCGAGAACUCAUACCACUGCGCCAAAUGCGACACAUAUCCCACCAUUCACACUCCACGGUAUAGCAUUAAUAUUAAGGUUGUUGAUGACACUGAUUCGGCUGCAUUUCUGCUGUAUGACAAAGAAGCUUCCAAAUUUCUUGGGAUCUCAGCUUCUGAUCUCAGACUUGCACAACUGACCAGGGGUGGCACCAAUGAGGAAUACCCGAUAGAGCUUAAUUCCUUUACGGGGAAAAAAUUUAUCUUCAAAGUCUCCGUGAAGAUGGAGGAUCUUAACUCAUUCCAACCGUGCAAGAUAAUUGUCAUGAAGCUUUGUGGGGACAUGUCUGUCAUAUCAAAAUUUAUUCAGAAGCAUGACAUAUAUCAGGACACAUGUUCACCCUCUGUUGAGAUUUUGGUCGGCGACACUAAUGAGGGUUACUCAACUCCAACGAGAAACAUUGUUAGUGGCGGAUGGACUAAACAGCUUAUUGAUCUCUGUCCGGAUUCUGCCGAAGGAUCAUCUAUAAAGUGUAGGAAAUUGAAGGAUGGCCAGGUUGCUGGUGUUGAUAAACCCCAUCAGGAUUAG